AGUGGCCGCUCUAGGCUGCGGGGAGGUCGCGGGGUUGAGGGGGCUGGGAAGCGAGGACGGCCUCGCCUCUAUGGUCGCGGGCGCGGGGCAUCUUCCUUUACUGUUCCCGCUGCGUGACUUCCGGGAGUGAAGCGCCCAGCCUGCUACGCUUCCGCGAGGGUCCAGGCUGGGGGUCCACGGCUGGGCAGGUUCUGGACGAUCGCACUGGUUUAAUGAUGCUUUGCAGCAAUUUUCUCAGUCUGAGAAUCUCCGGGUUUGCGGGUCCCAGGUUUUGCUGAGAUGGAGGAGCCCCCGCAGGGUGCCCUGAGCCCCGAGGUCCGUGAGGAAGAGGAGGAGGCCCGGCCCGGAAACACCAGCCCUCAGAUCUCCAUCAGCGAGUUUUCCUGUCACUGCUGCUAUGACAUCCUGGUCAACCCCACCACUCUGAACUGUGGGCACAGCUUCUGCCGGCACUGCCUCGCCUUGUGGUGGGUCUCGUCCAAGAAAACCGAGUGUCCGGAGUGCAGAGAGAAGUGGGAAGGCUUCCCCAAGGUCAACAUUCUCCUCAGGGAUGCCGUCGAGAAAUUAUUCCCAGAUGCCAUUCGAAUGCGACUGGAAGACAUUCAGCAGAAUCAGGACAUGGUCCAGAGUCUGGCGGCCUUUCAGAAGUACGGGAACGAUCAGCUCUCUCUGGCCCCCAGCGCCGGUCGCGCCCACCAGCAGAGAGGCGGGGGCUUCUUUUCCGGAGUGCUCACAGCUCUCACGGGAGUGGCCGUGGUCCUGCUCGUGUAUCACUGGAGCCGAAGAGAGUCUGAGCACGACCUCCUGGUGCACAAGGCCGUGACCAAAUGGACAGCGGAGGAAGUGGUCCUCUGGCUGGAGCAGCUGGGCCCGUGGGCCGCUCUCUACAGAGACCGGUUCCUGUCUCAGAGAGUCAACGGAAGAUUGCUUCUCACGUUGACAGAGGAGGAGUUUUCUAGGGCCCCGUACGCUGUGGAGAACAGCCACCGGAGAGCCAUCCUCAUGGAGCUGGAGCGCGUGAAGGCGCUGGGCGUGAAGCCCCCACAGAACCUCUGGGAGUAUAAGGCGGUGAACCCAGGCAGGUCCCUGUUCCUGCUGUACGCCCUGAAGAGCUCCCCCAGGCUGGGCCUGCUGUACCUCUACCUGUUCGACUACACGGACACCUUCCUGCCCUUCAUCCACACCAUCUGCCCUCUGCAGGAGGACGGCGCCGCCGAGGACCUCGUCGCCAAGCUCCUGGACCUGAGGGAGCCCACGUGGCGGCAGUGGCGGGAAUUCCUCGUCAAGUACUCCUUCCUCCCGUACCAGCUCAUCGCCGAGUUCGCCUGGGACUGGCUGGAGGUCCACUACUGGACGUCCCGCUUCCUCAUCGUCAACGCCAUGCUGCUCUCCGUCCUGGAGCUGUUCUCCUUCUGGAGGAUCUGGUCUCGGAGUGAGCUGAAGACUGUGCCCCAGCGGAUGUGGAGCCACUUCUGGAAGGUGUCGACCCAGGGCCUUUUCGUGGCCAUGUUCUGGCCCCUCAUCCCCCAGUUUGUUUGCAACUGCUUAUUUUACUGGGCCCUGUACUUCAACCCGAUCAUUAACAUCGAUCUCGUGGUCAAGGAGGUCCGGCGACUCGAGACCCAGGUGUUGUGACCGGCCCCGGCGUCCUUCCGAGGUCUCAGGUGGGAGAGGGUGGCGGGCGCGGGCACUGGCUCCCCGUCCUCUUGCCCUGAGGGGCUAGGGGGAAGCUGCUCCGUGCGCGCCCCCCACCCCGUGGCAUCAGGGCUGCACCCCAGAGCCGGGCCCAGCCACCUGCAGCCUCUCUCCCCUCCACUGCCUUCCCGCUCCGUGCCUGGGCUGUGAGCGGGAGGAGCCCUCAGGGACACAGCAUGGCCAACGUCUGCAGGUGGCCGUCACGUCGGCCGCCCUUCUCCUGUCUCCUGCCACCUCAGUGAUCCACACGAGCCCCGGAGCAAGCCUGAGCCGAGACGGAGCCCAGGACCAGGCCUGCCCCCAGCCAAGGUCAAGGCUUUGUCGAGGCGCAUCCAGAAAGCACUUGGGAAAUCCGAAAUUCUUACAGGGGCGCGGCCAGAAAGGGACGCAGACAAAAGGCGUCAGGAGGGUCCCGGGAAGCUGCCAAGCCUCCUCAUCACCGUUUGCUACUCCGGGGAUGCCGUCUCGGGCAGGGCGGGGGGCGCCAGGGACAGCCGGGUGGAUCGUGAUUUACAUCAGACCCGUCUGCCUCAGCGCUGCUGUGGCGCGUUGUCUGGGGAUGGUGUGGGGCGGGGGGAGGAUGGGAGGUGGUAAGUGUUGGGUUCUUAAUCUGUAAAAUAAAUUCCGGGGGAGUCCUUCUGUUGGAGGAACUGUGUCAUACGUUGCCGUCACGCUGUAUCAUCCUUAACUGUCCUUGGUGAGGCCACACAGCAGCAUCUGAGAGACACCCAGACCUGCGAUCGUCCAUGGGAAGGAGUCGGACUCUGGACUUCCGUGUGGAAAGAGCUGACAGGGAAACUGAGCUCUCUGGAGGGGGAGGGGCAGGGGUGGCAGGUGCCCCCAGGAUGGAGCUCACAGCCAAAGGGUGUUUAGUGACUCCCCAGAAACUUUUCAUGAAUCCUUUGUAUCUUUGAAGAUUUCACUCAAACUGAGCACCUAAAAGUUUGAAAAAAAAUACUUGAAAAAAAUAAUAAAGGUUU